GCAGUCUGAAAAACCCUAGCCCCCCUUACAAGGUGAAGAAUGGCGUAGAGCAGAACCGGCCGGCGGCGCAGCAGCGACAUGCCACUCUUACGCGCCGCGCUCCGCCGCUUAUUCUCCACCGAGUCGUCGGGGACCCCGAAGCUACGGAAUCUGCCGUACCGACUCCGCCGCGCCGCUGUCCCCGCCGCUCGCACCGCCGUCUCUGACUACCUCAUCUCCACGCGCUACCUACCCUCCUCCCAUGCCGACUCCAUCGCCGGCCUCGCCCCGCGCUCCCUCCUCGACUUCCUCGCCGGCAUCCCGGCCGUACCCACUACCUUACCUUCCUCCGACCUUCCCUCGCUCCUCCGCCGCCACCUCUCCUACCACCCUCUCAACGAGCUCCCCUUCUUCCUCGAGUCCAUCGGCCUACCCCCUUCCGUCGACUCCGACCUCAUGUUCCUCAACGACCACCCGUCCCUCCUCCAGGCCGUCGCCGUGCUCGCGCAUUUCGGCUUCCCGUGGUCCCGUCUCGGCCUCCUCUUCCCAAAUGUCCUCCUCCAAGUCCCUCCCGACCUCAUAUCCGCCCGCCUCGUCGCCCUUGAGGAAUGCCUCCGCCCAUUGCUCCGUGCCGCCAUCAUUGCUGCCUGCCUUGCUUUCCCCUCGCUUAUUGAGAAUGAUCUCUCCAGCAGUGCCCCCCUGGUCGAUGAUCUUAGGAGGGCGUAUGGAGGAUUGGAUCCGGAUUUGGGGGCUAGCAAUGACAUUGAUAUGUUCUUGCGGGUGUGCCGCAGGAUGCAGAUGUUCUACGAUGCUGGGGUGAAGAUUGGGAGCAUCGGAGGGCUUGUUGGGUGCAAUCAGAGGGUGUUUCUUGAGCUUAAGGAGGAGCUGAUUGGUGAGAGGUUGAAAUUCUUCAAGAGUCUGGGGUUUGCAGGGGAGGAGGCAGGCAGGUUCUUACUCAGCAAUCCUGGGGUUUUCGAUAUUGAUUUUGAUCAUGUGGUGAUCUCAGUGCCGGAGUACCUGAGGAGAGUUGGAUUGGUCGAAGAUGAGGUCGAUGCGGCGGUGAAGUUGCACCCAUUUGUGGUUGGGAGGAACAGGCUGAAGAACCUCCCUGGUGUGGUGCGGGCAAUGGGGCUGAGUCAUCGGUUCCUGGAGAAGAUUUCUGGUGGCGGGGAGAGCCUGCGGUAUUUGUCACCAGAUUUCUUGGCGGAGGAUGCUAGUUAUGAUCUGGAGGUUGAGAGAGCAUUCUUGGACAGAAUGGUUAAGGUGAAGGCGGAGAAGAAUGUGCAGCUUGUGGACGCCAAACUGGAGUUCUUGAAGAGCAUCGGGUAUGGUGAGAACAAGAUAGCCACACACGUAAUCCCUGUUCUGCACAGCACUCAGGAAAUGCUGCAAGAGCGAUUUGACUACCUCCUCGAAAGAGGGGUGGAGUACACGAUGCUGUGUCGGAUAGUGAGUGUGUUCCCAAAGGUACUGAACCAGGGCAAGGAGAUGCUCAAUGAGAAGUUAAACUACAUGACUCUGGAGCUGGGGUACUCUUUGGAGUAUCUUGAUUGCUUCCCAGCACUACUGUGCUUUGAUUUGGAGAACCGGGUCAAGCCUAGGUAUGCAAUGCUUCGGUGGCUCCAAGAGUAUGGUCUUCUUAAAAGACCACUAGCCCCGGCAACCGUGCUUGCUAACUCAGAGAAGAAGUUCAUUUCCAACCUCUACAAUGUGCAUCCUGCAGUGCCAAAGCUGUGGCUUGAGUGCUUUUCUUCAAGAAUACACAUGGAGUGUUACCUCAAGAAUAUACAACACCAGCAUCCAGAUAAUGAAUAACUGGAUGGCUUGAAUUA